AUGUCUGACCAAGCCACUCCGCAAUGGAUAGUGAACACUCAGCAUUCCCUCGGAACUCUGAUAAAGAGGCCGAAGAUGGCUGAUAAGUAUCUUGCGAAGCCUCCCUUUCGUUUUCUCCAUGAUAUCUUCAUCGAAGUGCAGAAUGUCACUGGCUUCGGUCAAGGUUUGUUCAACGAGGAUGAGCUCGAUCACAAGACAAUAACGACUAAACAGCAAAAAGUAGAGUUCUUGUCGAAGUGGAUCUCCUGUGUGGCUCACGCACUUGAUCUCAGUGCCGAGGCGAUUGACGUUAACCCGUCGAAAAUAGUUCAUGAAGCCGCUACUAAGGCUGCUUCCAGGAGCAGCAUGGCUGUCGACAAGGUGAAAGCUGGUGGCAUCCUUACUCUCUCCGCGAAAUCUGGCGCCCGUUCGAGUGUCGUACUGCAAGGGGAUAUUGAGGUAGAGAGAAAAUCAGGCAUGGUGAAAGACAGGACUGACAUGGAAAAUGUUACUGAACCAGACGCUCAACAGCGCGAGACAGAUAAUGAAGAGUCUGAGCAGCGCGAAGCCGCGAUCAAAGAGCGUCGAGAGGAAGAAGCGGCUAUGAGGCGCCGGGUUGAGCAAGAAACAGAGAAGCUUAAGCAAGAGCAGGAGGAAGCGAGACACAGGGCAGAGGCUGAACGCGAAGCAAUCGAGGCUAGACAACGAUCCGAUCGAGUUCGAGAAGAGCAGGCCGAGUUAAGAAGAGGUACAGACAGAAGAGAAAAGAGCAAACAAGAGGCAUUCCACGAAAAACUUACUGAUCAGAGCGACUCAAACCUCGCGGUGUCCGAGAACGAGGAGGCACUUCGUUUGGAAACUAUGAUGACAACCAUACAAGAGCGCCCCAGGACCGCGUCGCGGCGUCCACCUCAGAUCAAGACGUCUGCGCCUGAGCGGGAGGUCACGGCAGAGCCAGAGGGCGCCAAGCUCCCACCACCAACCGUGAUCAGGGAUGGCGAGGUCGAUGCAGACGACGACUGGAAACGACGACGAUGA